UCUGGAAAUUCAAGUAUGGGCAAGUACGCUACACUCUGUCUGCCAUAAAACGAGCAUUUGAGCACUCUAAUACACCUCUAGCCAAGGCCUUAAAAUGGAUAGCAAUAGUGUGAGAUGUUGACUUAUAGGGAGAGAGAGUCUAUAGAAAAUUAAGAGUGGAACGACAGGAAAUGGAUGGAGGCAAGGAGAGGAAUGCCAGUGAAAUGGGUGGAGAGAUGGUUGCUCAGCUCUUAUGAUCUACUUUAGAGAAAACGCUUCACUCCACUUUUCACAACUUUCACUGCUCAAAAGGGAAAAAGAAAGAAAGAAUACAUCAUGGAACUUCAGAAACUAACAAACGGUCACCACCAAGACUUUCAACAUCUUGAAGAAGGAGAGUCACCUGAACAAGAGGAGUUUUUACCACACAAGAGUGAUGGAGGAAAACCCCCUCAGUUUACAGAUUUUGAAGGAAAGACGUCAUUUGGAAUGUCUGUCUUCAACCUCAGCAAUGCCAUCAUGGGCAGUGGGAUUCUGGGACUGUCUUACGCCAUGUCCAACACUGGUAUCAUUCUCUUUCUGAUCUUGUUGACCUGCAUUGCUGUCUUGUCAUCAUACUCUGUCCAUCUUCUGCUGAGGAGUGCAGGGGUUGUAGGGAUUCGCGCUUAUGAACAACUGGGUAAACGAGCAUUUGGACACCCGGGAAAAAUACUGGCAGCUCUUGUCAUAACAAUGCACAACAUUGGUGCUAUGUCUAGCUACCUCUUCAUUGUGAAGUAUGAAUUACCUCUGGUUAUUCAGGCUUUCCUUGGCCUUCAGCACAGCAGUGGUGAGUGGUUCCUGAAUGGCAACUAUUUGAUCAUCAUUGUGUCCAUUUUAAUCAUCUUGCCCCUUGCCCUGAUGAGACAACUUGGGUACUUGGGUUACACCAGUGGCUUCUCUCUGACAUGUAUGGUUUUCUUCCUGAUCUCAGUCAUCUAUAAGAAGUUCAACAUCCCUUGUCCUUUUGAUGGUUUCACCAACCACACUGCUGAAAACAUAUCUAUUGAUGGUGAAUGUGAAGCCAAAUACUUCACUAUCAACCAGCAGACAGCCUACACGGUUCCUAUCUUGGCCUUCGCUUUUGUAUGCCACCCUGAGGUGCUGCCGAUCUACACAGAGCUGCGCAAUCCCACAAAAAGACGCAUGCAGGCCAUUGCCAACGUGUCCAUCCUGGGGAUGUUUGUCAUGUAUCUGCUCACUGCCAUCUUUGGCUACCUCACCUUUUAUUUAAACACAGAGGCAGAACUUCUACACACCUACAGCAAGGUGGAUCCUCUGGACACGCUCAUCCUGUGUGUGCGUGUGGCCGUGCUGGUGGCCGUGACUCUGACUGUUCCUGUUGUGCUCUUCCCGAUUCGUAGAGCCCUCCUUCAGCUUCUAUUCCCUGAUAAGCCCUUCCACUGGGUGCGUCACAUCUCUAUUGCAUUGUGUCUCCUUUUCGUAGUCAACCUGCUUGUCAUUUGUGUGCCCAACAUUCGUGACAUUUUCGGCAUCAUUGGUGCAACCUCUGCUCCGAGCUUGAUCUUCAUUCUCCCAGGUCUUUUUUACAUCCGUAUUGUUUCCAGCGAACCAAUGAACUCAAGACCAAAAAUUCAGGCUGCCUGCUUCACUGCUCUGGGCUUCAUCUUUAUGAGCAUGAGCAUGACGUUCAUCACACUGGAUUGGGUCUACGGAGAGAAUCGAAGUGGAGGAGGUCACUGAUCUUCAAACACUAUACUGUAAGGGUCCAAAAAGCCUUCUUAGAGGAACAUCACUAACCCUCUCCUGAACCUGAGAGAAACCAAAACAUCACUUAGGCUGGACCCAACUGACCUCUGUUUUCCCACUGAGUAAGGAAAGGACUGAUGUCCUGCCAUCUUUAAAAUAAAAAUGGAUAAAAAUCCUAUGAUGUUUCAUGGUGGAGGAUUUCUGGGGACACAGAAAUGUCAUGCCAAUUUGAGGCUGUUUCUACAAACGGGCCUCGUAACGAUAAAGGAUGCUUGUGUUGGAGAUGGAAGUCUAAAUAGCUUUAAAAUAAUGCUAAAAGAUACAGCAGAAACCAAAAUAAACAACUGGAGAGGUUUGUUUUGUCUGAUGGAUACCAGGAAACAAUCAAGUUUGUCACAUAUCAUCUGUUCUGUUGUCCUCAUCAAAUGAAAGCCAUAGUCCCAGAGUGCAAUACUAGGGAAAUUGAAAUAUAUUUUCCUGCUUCAAUUUGUUCAUUAAAAAAUGUUGCUCAUGAUAAGAAAAUUCAACAUAAUCUCAGAAUGGCUGCAGACCUGAACUGAAUAUGUCAGUGUCUGUUAUAUCCGAGAAUGAAAUUAAUGAAUUUGUGAAAUUUACCAGAAAAAAAAAAAGUAUUUCAAUUGAAAACUGGUCCUGAAAUAUUGUGUGAUAUAAACUGCACUACAACUGAACACAGACAAUCAGCUUUACACCGUUUCAGGUUUUUUUUUUCUUUCUGUUGGAUAUUAUGUCAAACAAAUGUGAGGUACAUACAGUUGCAGUAUUUUGUGGUGCAGUGGGGUGGAAUGCCACCUAUUGUGAGGAACAGGUGAAUAACUAUGGUUAAGGUGCUUAAUUACAUUGCUGUGAUGCAUAUAAUGAUGCAAACAAAGCCUAACCUGUGAAUACAGUGAUUCAUGCCAUAUUCUCAAUGAUCUGUCAAUCUAACAACAGUAUAAUGUGUCAUGAAUUGUCCAACCCAUCUCUAAUUAUUUUAAUUAAGUUAGGAAUUGAUGGAAAAGUGAUUGUAUAGGCUGUUUGUAAAGGAAAAACUAUUAAAUAGGAAACACAAAAUAUUUUAGACCCCACUGAAAUUUUUACUCAUGAAAAAGCACCAACAAUUGCCGAAAACUCUUACACAACAAAAUCAACAAUGACUUUGCAUGUCAUUAAAUGACAUCUUUUCCUCCUGGUCCCCUGUAGACUGUGAGACAAUGCAACGCUUGAAAGUGAUCUCAAUGCACACCCCCUCACAGUAUCAGACCAUUGCUAAUACCAUUAAAGAAUGGCAAUCCCCCUCCUCUUCAAGUUCCCACUGUCCUGCAAUGCCUAUUUAUUCUGUUUUAGGGGAAAUAAAUACAUUGUUUCAAUGACUCUGUGUUUGUUAGUUAAUUAGAAAACAGGCCCAAAAUUGUAUGAGGUUAAAGAUCGACAGUUCCAAUGUAAAAACAAAUGCACCAAAGAGAGUUGGCAGUUGAACAAGUGCCUUUUUUGACUGCUUUUACAUUUGUUUGUUGGUUUACUGAACUGGCCUUUGACUUUGUCAUACUUGCCGUUUUCAAUAAAAAUUGUGUGGUCAGUA